AUGCGAGCAAGAACUACGUUCGUGGUUUGCGCGAACGACUCGCAGAUAUGUUAUCAUCGGAAGACGAGGGAGAAUGAUGACGAGAAGAGCUAUGCUCUUGGCCCGAACGCCGAUGAUGAUAUGUAUGGUGGUGGCGAUGUUUCCGUUCUUUGCUACGAUGACGGCUGUGAUGUCUAUGGGCACGGAGUGAUCGCUUCUCUGUAG